AUGAGUAGAUAUAGAGGUGUUUGUCCACAAUGUAAAACCAAAACUUGGUAUCCAGAUGCUAUUGGUGGCAUGAUAUGUAAAUUUGGUCAUCAACUUGUGAAUUUUCAAGUUCAAGUGGGUGAAUUAUCAGGAAUAGGUAGGAUUAGAAGGUCUCAUGGUCAAAAAAGGGGCAAAUCAUCAUCAUCUGGAGAAAUGAAACUUGCACGGAAUGACCCAAAAGAAAAAAUUAAGCUUAUAUUAUUAGCAUUCCAAUAUUCAUUAAGGUUACAAUUGGACGCUUUAAUUAAUAAAAUGGGAUUUCCUCCAGAACUUGAAAUCUAUAUAGAAAACAAACGUAAAAAACGAAGGGAAUUUCGUGAACUUUAUGAAUUAAAAGCAAUUAAUCUCUUGAUUAUUUUAUAUCUUGGUAUGGCUUGGCUAAGAUUACCAGUCACAUUGUCGGAUAUUCACAGAUGGGUUCUGAGUAAGGAACUGCCGUACUUGAAUCUUCGUAAAGAUUUACCUGACAGUAUGAAAUUACAUCUUGGACUUUCUCGACUAAAAACUUUUGAACCUAGUGAUUUAGUACCGUGUUCAACUCUUCAUAAAUUAGAAUAUUCUUUUACGCAGGUUUAUAAACUUCAUUAUGGGAUUAUUUUUCCUGAAAUUAACAUGCCAUUAAUAUUGUAUCAAUACAUUAGAGAUCUGGUGCUACCAGUUGAAUUUUAUGUUAUAACAAAAGAGUUGGGACAACUGUUAAAUAUAAAUUUAUAUCCUGAUCAAACAUUUCAGACCAACAGACCAGUUGUUAUUUUGAUGGCAUUACUUGUAAUUGUUAUAAAGAUUGUUUAUGGAUUAGAUGAUGAAAAUAGAAUUCCAAAUAAAUAUGAUAAAUUCAUGUAUUACUUACCAACUUUUGAUCAAUGGGUCAAGAAAUUAGGAGAAGUGCAACAAAACUUGUCUGAUAAUCGAAUACCUUGGGAAUAUACCGAUUUAAAAGAGUGGAUAAACAAAAGUCCAGAUACUUAUGUAAAAUAUUGCGACGAUUUUUUUCAAGAAAAAAACCGAUUUGCGCCUAAACCAUUGAAUAGUAAAAUGGAAAGGUUAAGAAAACGAGAAAGGGAUCUUGAAGAACAAUACGAAUUAGCAAAGCUGUUUAAACAAAACUCUGAAAACAAAUUACCGCAUAUUGAAUAUUAUAUAAAAUUAAAAAAACUUGAAUAUUUAAAAUUUUUAUUAAAAAUCUGUUUAAAAAACAAAAAAGGAAAUGAUUCUGACGAUAUCGACAAUGAGGAUGAGAAAGAGACACAAGAAAGUUUACAAGAUAAAUUUAAAAGGUUUAAAAUGUUUCAACGAAUAAAAUCACAAAAUGAUGAAGAAACCCCAAAUAAAGAUGAUUUAUUGCUUAUCGAUAUUACAGAAAUUAAAGAAAUGAUAAUAAAUAGUAACAUCAAUUUGGAAAGUUUUUAUAUUAAUACGGAUGAACCUACAGUAGUCAAUAUUGAAGAUCAUUUACAAGAAUUAUUUUUUUGUGUUAAACCACCAUCAUCGUUAUUAGCAUCGUCAUUAAAUGAAGACAGAAAAGGGAAAAAGGCCGUUUACAACACUAAAUCUGAUGAUGAUAAGGCUGAUGGUAAUUCGAAUCAUUAUUCUGAUAUUAAUAGUAAUAGAGAUUAUGAAAUUGGAAUGUCAAAAAAUCCUGGAAUACAAGAUUUAUUCUCACGGUAUUCAACAUUUUCAUAUAAAAAAUAUAAACAAGAAAACCGCAAUAUUGAUAAUUACAAUACUAAUCAUAUUUAUUUGAUGUAUGAGAUGUACAGAGAUAGAUUAAAACUUAAAAAAUCAGAAUUGGCGGGUGAAUAUCACGAAGAUUACGAAAGAGUCUUGUUGUUUUGUUCUAAUAUCGUUGGUGUUAAUAUGAAAACUUUACAAAAAAAAGAUAUAGCAAGUCAGUCACAAUUAAAAUCUUCAGUUCAACGUAAUGUUAGAGCAAAACUUUUAGAACAAUAUAAAAACUUGGAACCAGUGCUUGAAGAAAUAUUACCAAAAAAAUCACCUUUAGUUUUAAUAAAAUGUCAUGAACAUAUCAAUUUAUUGACAUUAAAUAAUGAAAUACUUUUUUUUCAACAUUUUGAUGGACCUUAUUAUCCAACAUUGAGAUUAGUGCAUAAAUAUCCAGAUACUUUUCCAAAGUUACAAGUAGACAAAGGGGCAAUUAAAUUUAUCCUUUCAGGAGCAAAUAUAAUGUGUCCUGGUUUGACAAGUAAAGGUGCAAGGAUUGAUGAGGAAUUGCCAGCUGAAGCAAUUGUUAGUAUAUUUGCUGAAGGAAAAGAACAUGCACUUGCUGUUGGCUUAACAAAAAAGUCAACAGAAGAUAUGUAA